AUGGGACACCCAGGCAUGCCACAUUAUCCUCCCAUGGGAAUGCACCCUAUGGGUCAGAGACCACCAAAUAUGCCGCCGGUUCCACAUGGCAUGAUGCCUCAGAUGAUGCCCCCCAUGGGAGGACCACCAAUGGGGCAGAUGCCUGGAAUGAUGCAGUCAGUAAUGCCUGGAAUGAUGAUGUCUCACAUGUCUCAAGCUGCCAUGCAGCCCACGGUUCCGCCAGGGGUGAACAGUAUGGAUGCACAAGUAGGCGUAACACCUCCUGGAACUCAGACAACACACCCUGUAGUUUGUGCAGCCCAGCAAACUGCCACAACCAACAGUUCUGUUAAUGAAGAGCACUCCAAACAGAAAUCCACGUGGACAGAGCACAAAUCACCUGAUGGAAGAACAUAUUACUAUAAUGCUGAAACAAAGCAGUCUACUUGGGAGAAGCCAGAUGAUCUCAAAACACCUGCUGAGCAAUUGUUGUCUAAAUGUCCCUGGAAAGAGUAUAAGUCUGACUCUGGAAAGCCCUACUAUUAUAAUUCCCAAACAAAGGAAUCGCGCUGGGCAAAACCCAAGGAGCUUGAGGAUCUUGAAGCAAUGAUUAAAGCUGAAGAAAACAGCACAAAGGCCGAGGAAUCCACUCCGGCGACAUCUGCUCCAGCUGCUGCAGCAGAAGCAGCAAACACCAGUGCCACAGCCACCACUGCUGCUGACACUGCUGCAGCUGCCACUGCCACCGCUGCUGCCUCUGCAGCAACAGCAGCCCCUGAAGCAGAAACUGCUGCAGCUGCUGCUGGGGGAGAAAAUGAGAGUUCUGGCACCGCUGCAGGGGAGGAGCAGGGCCAAGCAGCUGCUGCAGCUGCUGGGCAGGAGCAGAGCGGAGAAGGUGCGGCGAACGCAGCAGAUGACUCUUCCAAGCAGGAGGCUUCAGCAGAUGCUGCUUCAAAGAAAGAGGAUGAUGAUGCCCAGCCGGUUAAAAAAACCUAUACGUGGAACACAAAGGAAGAAGCAAAGCAAGCAUUUAAAGAACUGUUAAAAGAAAAGCGAGUACCAUCCAAUGCUUCUUGGGAGCAAGCUAUGAAAAUGAUCAUUAAUGAUCCUAGAUACAGUGCUUUGGCAAAAUUAAGUGAAAAAAAGCAAGCCUUUAAUGCUUACAAAGUUCAAACAGAAAAAGAAGAGAAGGAAGAAGCAAGAUCAAAAUACAAAGAAGCUAAAGAAUCCUUCCAGCGUUUCCUCGAAAACCAUGAAAAGAUGACAUCCACAACAAGAUACAAAAAAGCUGAACAAAUGUUCGGAGAAAUGGAAGUCUGGAACGCAAUAUCUGAGCGUGAUCGUCUGGAAAUUUAUGAAGACGUCUUGUUUUUUCUGUCUAAGAAGGAGAAGGAACAAGCCAAACAGUUACGGAAGAGGAAUUGGGAAGCUUUAAAGAACAUACUAGACAACAUGGCUAAUGUCACUUACUGUACUACUUGGUCAGAGGCUCAGCAGUAUCUGAUGGACAAUCCGACAUUUGCAGAAGAUGAGGAACUUCAGAACAUGGAUAAGGAGGAUGCACUGAUCUGUUUUGAGGAACACAUCAGGGCAUUGGAAAAAGAGGAGGAAGAAGAAAAACAGAAAAGUUUGCUUAGAGAAAGAAGGCGGCAGCGUAAAAACAGAGAAUCUUUUCAGCUGUUUUUAGAUGAACUGCACGAGCAUGGACAGUUACAUUCCAUGUCGUCUUGGAUGGAGCUAUACCCAACCAUAAGCUCUGACAUCAGAUUCACCAACAUGCUUGGUCAACCUGGAUCAACAGCACUUGAUCUUUUCAAGUUCUAUGUUGAAGACUUGAAAGCACGUUACCAUGACGAAAAGAAGAUAAUAAAAGACAUCUUAAAGGAUAAAGGAUUUGUGGUUGAAGUGAAUACUUCUUUUGAAGAUUUUGUAACGGUCAUCAGCUCAACUAAAAGAGCCACUACUCUAGACGCAGGAAAUAUCAAGCUGGCUUUCAACAGU